UACUCGCAUCCGAACCCGAGCGGGAGAAAAAGGAGUGGGAGGUUUUCGCAGGCGAGUUAGCUCUCCCACUCAGCAGAUGCGGCGACCGUGCGCGAGACAGGAGCACCCGGAGCCGGAGGAGACCGAGACCAUGCGGUGCAUAUCCUGUGAGGAAGAGCAAGUCAAGGGCGACGCCGGCACGUGCAAGGAUUGCUACGAGGAGGUGAGCGCGACCGUGGAAGAGCUCAAGCGAGAGAUCGAGGACUUGAAGGCCAAGGUCGCCUACUUGAGGUCCGGCGCCCGUGGCCCCGGGUUCGCCGAUGCUGUCUUGGUCGCUGCCGUGGACGUUCCUAAUGGAGAACCGUCGAUGCUGGUGCCAGCCGACAGGUCCAUUCUGGUUAGCCGGUCCCCAGUAUUUAAAGCAAUGCUCGAGAAUGAGAUGGAAGAAAGCCAAAGCGGCACCAUUAAGAUAAGUGACAUGUCGUGUGAUGCCCUCCGAGCAUUUGUCGACUAUCUUUCUGUUGAAGCAUGGCUCGAUGAGCAAAUGGCUUGUGAGCUUCUAGUAUUGGCCGAAAAGUACCAGGUGGUGCACCUCAAAGCAUAUUGUGAGAUGAUCUUGGUAUCCAAAUUAAACUGGAAUAACUCGAUCAUAAAGUAUGCCUUUGCGCACCAGCAUAACGCAAAGCAUCUCCUUGAGGCAGCCUUGUGCUUAAUGAUGGACAACAUGUAUAAAUUCCCAGAACAUCCUAAAUAUCCAGAGCUCGUUAAAAAGGACUCACGCCUUGUGACGGAGAUAUACCAAGCAUUUAUUACAAAGCUGUAUCCGAACAACAAAUCAGAUGGUGAGUUUUCGCUUUUUCGUUCCCAAGUGAUGGAAUUUUGAGUUUCAGAUAACUUUUCUGUCUGGGUUCUUGAUAGAUCUCACUGCCUUUUUCUUAUUCAGGGAUGCAAUUUGAAGUGUCGUCUAAUUGAACAGCGAAGUUUUAUUGAAGCAAAGUGCACACACAAUGUCAUGACAGCCGCUUGGUCUUACUCAGCGAAUGCUUGACGGAUGUAAUAAUGGAUUUUACAGGUUGCAAUAUGCUUUCUUUUUACUAUCUAUGCUGAAAUUGCUCAUGAUAUUCAUCUAUAUUAUGAUUGAGGUGAA